AUGGCUGAUGGAUGGUCUGCGGCUAAAUUCUUCGAAGCAUGGACCAAGUUGGCACGAGGAGAUGAAUUGGAGGAGAAUGAGAUGCCUUUCCAUGAUCGCACCAUAUUACGAUCAUCCGAACCACUUCUGCCUCCACGCUUUGAGCAUAUAGAGUUCACAAAACCACCACUCCUAUUAGGACACACUGUUGCCAAAGAGGAGCAGAUGAAAGAAACUUGUGCCACCAUAUUGAAAGUCACCAAAGAGCAAGUCGAGGGACUAAGGAAAAAAGCCAACGACAUCCCACAUCAAGACAUGGAAAUGGCACGAGCGAGUGAUAACACUCAACCAACAAGACUUUCCUUAGCGGUUGAUUUUCGUAGUCGCUUGAAGCCGUCUCUCCCCCCAGGAUACUUUGGAAACACAGUUCUUCCGACCGUAACCUCGAAAUGUGUCCAUGGCGACCUCUUGGCCAAACCACUUAGUUAUGCUGCUGGAAAAAUAAGGGAAGCCAUCGAACGUAUCACAGACGAGUAUAUAAGGUCUGCUCUUGAUUAUAUAACUAGCCAGGAGGAUGUGAGUGCUUUGAGGAGUAACUUCCAUAUUCGUGCAUACACAAAAACACCUAAUUUCUUAGGAAAUCCCAACGUUUAUAUUGGAAGUUGGAUUAAUUUGCCAUUUUAUGGUAUGGAUUAUGGAUGGGGAAAGCCAAUAUACGUCGGUCCAGGAUUAUUAAAUGAUGAUGGCAAGUCGUUCAUCAUGUCAAGUCCAACUGCUGAUGGAUCUCUCCUCAUAGCACUUCGUUUGCAAACAGAAUACAUGGAUUCUUUUAAGAAGCUCUUCUAUGAGGACAUGCCACGGUAA